AUGGCUGAUGCACCUGCUGGAGCUCCAAGAGGAGUAGUCAGGAAACGUACAACUGGUGGUGGUUCUAGUAAUAGUUCAAGACCAGUAUCGCGCGCCGGAGGCGGCUCAUCAAACAUGCUGAAAAUGUACACUGACGACGCACCUGGUCUUAAAGUAGAUCCUGUCGUGGUCGUUGUUUUAUCGCUUGCAUUCAUCGGUUCUGUGUUUAUUCUACAUAUCUACGGGAAAUUCACGCGCAAUUGA